CCCGCCCCUUCCCCAUCAAAUUUCAAUUCCCGCAAAACUAAAAACCUCAAAAACUUCCUUCUUAAUCAAAACAAUCAACAAAUUUCUUAAUAACACCAACCUUUUACUUUCACUCCAAAACCUCAUUCUCCAAUCUCCCCUCAAAACCAAAAAAUGGAGUUCACCACAACAACCCUCAGCGACCUUCCUCCCAACAAGAGACUCAGACUUAUUCAACAGAAAAAUCAACAACACAGUCCCUGUUCUCCCUUACCCACCAAAAAACGCAAAGAAUCUCGAAACUCAACACUUUUUCACAGCCCACCUUCAACACCAUCACCAUCUAUUUAUUCUCUACCCACCAAAAAAAGAGUAUGCGCUCUUCAUCCCCACCUUUACCAUCACAACACACCAAACCAUGCCGUUCAACCUUUCGACCUCAAUGUCGAAUACAACCCCACUCUCCACUCACCCACCCCUACUCACAGAAAACCUCAAAUACAAGACACCAACAACAUCGAAAAUGAAGACGACAGCGACGAUGGGAUUUUAUGCUGUGUGUGCCAGAGCACCGAUGCUAACCCUGAGGACCCAAUCGUUUUCUGCGACGGUUGCAAUUUAAUGGUCCACGCUUCCUGCUACGGAAACCCAUUAACAAAAAAUAUCCCAGAGGGUGAUUGGUUUUGUGAACGGUGUCGUUUUAUCAACAAAAACGACACUGUUUCAAUUAAUUGCUCGUUGUGUCCAACAAAAGAGGGAGCAAUGAAGCGAACAAUAGAUGGAACGUGGGCCCACAUAGUUUGUGCUUUACUUGUUCCUGAAGUGUUUUUUGUUGAUCCAGAAGGGAGAGAAGGGAUUGAUUGUUCUAAAGUUCCAAAGAAGAGAUGGUUGGAGAAGUGCUAUGUUUGUGAGUGUUGUGAUGGGUGUGCCUUGGUUUGCUCCGAACCUAAGUGUGGUUUGGGUUUUCAUAUUACUUGUGGAAUCAAAGAGGAUCUUUGUAUUGAGUAUAAGGAAGCGAAAAAAGGUGCUACUGUUGUUGCUGGUUUUUGUAAAACCCACUCCCAACUAUGGGAAAAGCAACAGGUAUCUGGGAAAUACAAGAUUGUUGCAGUUGAAGAUAAAAAGUAGCAGUUGAUGUCUUUUUAAUUAUCUUCUUCGCUGUAGGGAAUUCCACUGUUAGUUACUAUAGCCUAUAGGAGUGAGUUCAAGUUGUUUUAGUUUUUUCUUCUGCUUUUUUAGUGUCGAGUCUUCCGAUGAAGAGAAGACUUUUGAUAACAGUAUUGUGUUACUGUAAUUGAACAAUAACAGUUGAAUGGUGAUCAACAAAAAAUGGCGUAGAUAGUUUAUAAAAUGUUAAGUUUACAUGUCUAUUGCUUUUAUUGAAGUUUGAUUGCGGCAA